AUGUCUCCUCUACCAAUGGCUCCUGCUCCCAAGAGCCCCUUAGGCCGCUACCGGCUGCUGUCUCCCACAGCUUCUGUUCGUGUCUCUCCGCUCUGCCUGGGAGCGAUGAACUUUGGUAAUGCCUGGAAAGAUUAUAUGGGAGCCUGUGACCAGCCGCAAACUGAGAAGAUUCUAGACUUCUUUUACGACCAGGGUGGUAACUUCAUAGACACGUCCAACAACUACCAGGCCGAGGAAUCCGAGCUGUGGAUUGGCGAGUGGAUGAAGAAGCGCGGCAAUCGUGAUCAGAUGGUCGUGGCUACCAAGUACACUACGUGCUUCCGUGCGGGACAUGAUGAUGAGAUCAAAGCCAAUUUCACUGGAAAUGGCACCAAGAGCUUACACACAUCAGUCAAUGCUAGUCUGCGUAAGCUACAGACCGAUUAUAUUGAUCUUCUCUACGUACAUUGGUGGGACUUUAGCACCUCGAUUCCCGAGCUGAUGCAGGCACUCAACGCUCUGGUCGUCUCAGGCAAAGUCCUUUACCUUGGAAUCUCAGACACUCCUGCCUGGGUUGUCUCCAAAGCCAACCAGUAUGCGCGAGACCAUGGCUUCCGGCAGUUCUCUGUCUACCAAGGCCGCUGGUCCGCCGCCGACCGCGAUUUCGAGCGUGAGAUCAUUCCCAUGGUCCGCGACGAAGGCAUGGGUCUCGCUCCUUGGGGCGCUCUCGGUAGUGGCAAAUUCAAGACGGAGGAACAGCGCAGGAACAACCUUGGUCGCCAAGUCCAGGCCUCUGAGGCCGACAUCAAGAUCAGCAAGGCGCUCGAGGCCGUUGCUAAGCGAAAGGGCACUAUCAUUACCUCAGUCGCGCAGGCGUACGUGACGCACAAGGCGCCUUAUGUCUUUCCCAUUAUUGGCGGCCGUACUGUGGACCACCUUAAGGGUAACAUUGAGGCCCUCACACUCGAACUUGAUGAAAAGGAUAUCCAAGAGAUUGAGGCCGCUGAGAAGUUCGAUCUUGGCUUCCCUGGCAACUUCCUCUGGGGAGAGAAGACGCCUGAGCAUCACGGAAAGGUCUGGCUAUUGGGCCUGGGUGGUACUUUUGACUAUGUGCCUCAGCAGGCUCCGAUCCAGCCUACCAAGAAGGAGUCUAAGAAGGAGUCUUAG